UUCCGGCGAACGCAUGCCCAUAGGCGUAUCCUGUGGGUGAAUGUAGGUGUAAAUAAUAAUUUUUAAAUUAGAAAAACACAAAAAUGCCUGACUGCAGCGAAAACUACGAGAACGAAAUUCUCGACGGCCGCAAUUUUCGGAGUGUGAAGUGCAAAUUCUGUGAUUCAGUGAUCUUAAGUCCAUCCUCGGCCACAUUCACAAGUUUUGAGUUCCAGUUGCCCCUUAUCAGACAAAGCAAACUCAAUGAAUCAAAUCCCGAGACCGAGACCGUGUCGCUAUUUUGGAGCGUCAAUGAUAUGUUUGAAUUUCAGAAUGUAGGUUUUUCGUGUUCGGUGGGAAACAACAAGUAUUUAGCUUGUGCUGACUGUGAGGCUGGACCGAUAGGGUAUCAUGAUUUGACCAAUAAGAAGAGCUAUGUUGCAUUGAGUAGGGUGCAACAUUCUUAGUAGGUACGGGAGGGGUUGGGAGCUUAGUUCGAAGGACAUAGGUUUUUUUUUACAUAAACUGUACUGAUAAGUUUUCUAUUUAUGUAAUAUAUGAAUGUGAAAAUAUAUAUUUACAUUAGU